AUGCCCAACCAUCAGCCCUCAGUAGGAAUUAGCAGGGUAGAUAGAAAAAGUUUAGAACUUGGGGAGUGUGACCUCUUCACAGAGCCAGAACUGCUAACUUCUGGCUUUUGGCUCAUACAAAUGCUCAAGAAAGAUGGUGGUUUUAACCUGAUUUCUCUGACAACUCAUGGGCCAUUUAACAUGGGACUUAUUAUUCAUCAGUUAGACAUCCAAGACCAGUUCUCACAGCCCAGAGCCAUGCAUUUGGGUUCCCAUAGUGAAUAUGUGUGCUCUAUCUGUAAGAAAGACUUCUUAGACCCGGUCACCCUGCCCUGCAAGCACAGCUUCUGUAAGCCAUGCCUCUGCUUCCGUUGGGAGAGCACCCAGGCUACCUCUGGCUGUCCUGCCUGUGGGGAACCCUGCCCACCUAAGACCUGGAAAUCCAACCUUGUUUUGAAUACACGGAGCUUCAUAGCCCGACGGGCACGGUCAGAAGAUGUACUGAACUUUGUAGAGCCGAUAUGUGAGAAGCACCAGAAAAGCAAGAGCUUUUUCUGUGAAGUUGUGAAGGACCAAUUGUGUGUGCUGUGCUGCAAGUGUGAGGGUCACGAGGACCACCAGCACUGCUCCGUGGACUGGAUGGCCGAGAGGUACCGGCAAGAACUCCUGAGCCAGAUGACCUCACUGUGGGAAAAGACACAAGAGAAUCAGAGAAAUAUAGAUAGAGAAGCCAGAAUAAGACAGACAUGGGAGAGUUACGUUGACUUGCGGAAGAAGAUGAUCCAAGAAGAAUACCGGAAUAUACAUAAUUUUCUUUACAAUGAAGAGAAACGCUAUUUAGAGACAAUAGAAAGGGAAAGCAACACAAUUUACCAACAACUGAGUGAAAGUGAAUAUUCCAAGGGCCCAGCAGGGAGAGUUCUCCGAGGAAUGUAUGGGGAACUGGAGAAGAUGUGCAGAAUACCAGACUUGGAGCUGAUCCAGCAAUUUGGAAGCCUGUCGACAAGGAGCGAGUCAGUGCAGCAGCUCGUGCCCCAGCCUGUGGAUACCUGUCUCAGCUCCUGCUCCAUCACUGGUCUCAUGAACAGGUUCUCCAGUUGCCAUGUGCAUUCUUUCACGUUCUAUGCAUCACUCAACAAUUAUGAAAGCCCCUUGUUGGAAGAACUGAGACAACUAAUCCUUGGCUCUGAUGAUCCAGAUGUCAAUUCCUCGACCAGCAGGAAAUACUUUCUUGCAUGGGACUCUGAGUGCUUCACUUCCGGGCAACACUGCUGGCAGAUGAACAUGGGAGACUACAGUAGCUGGGCCAUGGGCUUUUGCAGCAAUUCUUGGACAGGAAAGAAUGACAUGAAGCUGGGCUCAGAGGGGAUAUAUCUGCUUCUCUGUGUCAAGCAGGGUGGCGAGUGUAGGCUCUUCACCUCCUUCCCACUCCAGCCACAGUAUGUGGAAAGCUCUCUGGGUACUGUGGGUGUGUUUCUGGAUUGUGCACGCGGAUCAGUAAGCUUUGUUAACAUGGCCAAAAGCUCUCUCAUUUGCAGUUUACUCUCCUGCACAUUCUCCACUCCUUUGAGACCUUUCAUCUGCUUUAGGACCUCGUGA